AUGGCUCUCGUUGCAAACUCUCCAUCUGAGCAAAGUGAUCCUUUGCAACCCACGAAGAGCUGGCAAUUUGUAAACAUCAAUCGGCCCCACGAUGCCAAACUAGCCAGUGUUCGAAGGUUUGUCAGAUCGAAUGCAACAAAGCUGUUCAGGCGUAAACAAAGGAUCGAGGCCUUGGCUAAGCAUGCACCGGCUUUACGAGCUCGUUCACCAUGCCGACCGGCUCUCGAGUCUGAAGAAGUCCAAGAUGUAGACAAGCCAGAACAAUGGAAUGGCAAAGACAUAGUGACUCUACCGAGCGUCUUGCCAACUCAGGUCACUGUUCAAACCAGAGAGAUCGAGGAUUUGGACGAGCAGAGCCAAUGGCCGGCUCCUGAACAGCUUCCUCCUCCCCAGACAUUAAUGUCUUGCACGGAGGCUCCCGUUCAGCAGGAGGUGCCCAUCUGCCCGAUUCGCUUAGUCGAGCUACUAGAGGAUAUGCAGAAAGUCACUUCUCUUUCCCUAUAUCAAAUCGAUGAAAGUGUUCGUGGUGUCAGAAGAGGCAUUCCAGAUAUUGGACUCUCCGAACAAUGUCUCCAGGUUCUUUGCCAUCGUGUUCGUGAAAAGAAUGAUAUAUGCCGGGCUGUCAGUAUCAGGAAUAUGCCGGGAGUUGAUCCUCUUACCACAUUCAAUUCGAGCUCUAUCACGCCAAACCGAGAUGGAGCUAAUUCAAUUCUCAACCGGCCCAUGAAGAAUGAAAGGAGAUCUGGAAGCGAUGAAUGGCUUCCUCAUGCACUACAGCAUCCCGAUAUGUUCCUGGCAACCAUGAACUAUGCCACCGUGCACAUGGAUGCUAUUGCUGGGUCAUUCUGGCAUCCCGAAAAUAAGAAGGUCUUAAAACAGAAGUCAGCCCUCAUGAACCAAAUCAAUACAUGCUUGGGAGAUAAAACUUCGGCUUUGUCAGGGAAUACUAUCAGUGGAGUUGCAAUGUUGACUAUCUCAGAGAUUCUAGACUCGAAUUAUGAAAACGCACGAAUCCAUAUGUAUGCCUUGGAAAGAAUGCUGAGACUCUAUGGCGGCAUGAAAGAAGCAUGGUUUGGGAACAUCAUUCCUAUGUUCAUCUCAUGGCUCCACGUGGUGUAUUCCGUGUCAAUGUCUAAAGUGCCGAUCACAGCAAUCUCACCGUUGUGUCUCUUGGUCCGAGGGACUAUGGCCCCCACCGAGGGUUCGAUACUCGCCCUCGGUCUUCCCCCAGAUCUGACGGCAAAACUGUAUGUCUGCUGCAACAAUAUGCGACGUUUGACACUGCAAGUCGAAAAAUUACCACAGCCACGAAUCGCCUUUCUGCCAGGCUCGCUACAACAACUCAAAGCCAGCACCAAAGAAAAGCUCCUGUCUCUCACUCCUUUGACAAGGACAAUUACGCAGAUGAAGCAACUGCAUUAUGUGAGUGAAGCCUUACGACUCUCCUGCCUUACCUACUUGGAACUUCUUCCAUAUCCGUCAGAAGAAGUUUGUGAGAGGCUUGAAGAUAUAAAAUACGAGUUCAUGGCACUCCUCAACCAACAGGAGCAUACCAGUCAGCGGCCUUCUGAACCUGAAAGAGAACCUGAAGACCCUGUCUUGGUAGUGUGGACCAUUUUCACUGUCGGUCAAUUGGCCUCCAAAGAUGAGGAAGAGAGCUGGUUUGCUAGACGGGUCGCAGCCUGCGCACUGCCGUUCAAGAUCAAGACAUGGGAGGUGAUGUUCUCGGAGCUCAGAUUCAUUUGCUGGUCGGAGCUGCUUCACACCGCAAAGACACAAAGGAUUUGGAACAAGGCUCUCGAAAUCAACGAAGCGUACGAGACAGCUGCACGUGAAAAGUCUGCAGAGGCAUCUGGCUCAUAG